AUGAUAAAAGAAGAGCUGGGCGAAAUCUCCACUUCUACUCAAAACAUUUCUAAAGGAAAACGAAAAUUGAUAACAGUGAUGAAGAAAUAUUUGCCUUUGACCAAGAUACUCAAGAAGAACAAAGCACCUGGCAAACAAGCCAUAAACAUCACAAAAAAAUAUCUGGCAGGGAAUAUAGAUGCCAAACAAACAUUGUCACAGAUCAAUAAGUGGCAGAAAACAAAUGAACAAACAGUAGAACUCCUGUUAAUCAAACUCACAAACAAAUCUCAGGAUAUUAGCUAG